AUGGCUCGAGUUUUGCCUCUAUGGCUCUUGUACGCCAUUGCUGGUGGUGUCGGUUCAGUCAACGCCGCCACUGGUGCCCCCAAACCUACGACGUACGCGUCUGUGACCGACACACUGACCAUACCCUGGGUCGGCACCUCGACCUACACCAUAGCCCCCGGAGACGAGGUCACCGUCCCCCUGCCAGAGGGCCACCUGACGACCCUCUCGGCCCAGGGCCCGCCCAUCCUGACCACGGCCGUUCCGCUCCCUGAGGGACAUCUCACGACUUUCACUUUGGGCGAGGGUGAGGCUACUACGGUGUCGCUUUCUGGCAUCGGCUUGACUACUAUCUCGUUUUCUUGGACCCAGGGCACCGAGACCCAGACCGCUGCCCCUGAGGCUAGCGGUGCGGACUCUACUGUUUUGGUUGUUUCUCCGGGGACGCUGCCUACCGUCUCGCCGAGCGAUGUAGUAGUUCCUACGAUAUCCUCAUCGAGCGUUGAGAUCAUUCCCACCUUCACCCCCGUUCCGAUCAGUCCGCCGCCUGCCACCAUCAGUAUCUCGUCAGGCUCUGGCGUUCCGCCCGCGGGUACUGAUUCGCCCUCUUCGAGAACCGUGCUGCCUCCAGUAGCCAGCGGUACUCCUCUAGGCCAUGUCCUUCCACCGCCCAUUGGUACCGAUUUGCCCUCUUCGAGUACUGUGCUGCCUCCAGUAGUCAGCGGUACUCCUUCAGGCCAUGUCCUUCCACCGCCCAUUGGUACCGAUUCGCCCUCUUCGAGCACCCUCCUGCCUCCGGUAAUCAGCAGUACUCCUUCAGGCACUCUGACGAUACUUCCUGUUCCGAUGCCGUCUCAGACUAUCCUUCCACCGCCUGACACCGUCCAUAUCUCGUCACAAAGUCUUCUCCCGAUUACCCCGGGCCCACACGGAAUGCCUAUUCCAAGCAAACCCUGUACCGCGUCCGAUGGUUCCAGUCUCGUUGCUUGUCCGACUAUCCUUCCACCGCCUGACACCGUCCAUAUCUCGUCACAAAGUCUUCUCCCGAUUACCGAGGCCACACACGGAAUUCCUACGCCGCACCCCAUUACCAGUACCGCGCCCGAUGGUUCCUUAACGACUUUCCUUUCGCAUCUGCCUACCGUCAGCGGAAUACCUAUACCGAGCUGGAGUACCUAUACCAGUACCGCGUCCGAUGGUUCCAUUCAAACUCGCUAUUCGUCGCUGUCUUACACCCCCAUCUCGCUAGCUACGCCUGGCAUCAGUUACAGUACCGCGUCUGAUGGUUCCAGUAUCAUUGUUGUAACUGUGGCCUGGAGUACUGCCUCGUCAUCAGCGGGUAAUACCAGUGUUUCGCGGCUGUGGCAUAACACCACUACCACUCCACUGCCAACGGAGCAUAGCACGAGAACUCACCACAGCAGUAACAUUGGAUCCAUAUACACGACGCCGUCCUGGUGGAAUACCAGUGCCUUAACCGUUCGACCUAUCAGCCCCCCGCCGGUUGGGGAUGGGUUGCUUCCGCCCCAUAGCACUAGACCUUAUACCCCGGAUACUACAUCGUCAUCAACGGGCACUGUUUCGUGGCCGGGAAUCAACAACGGCACUGAGGUUCCGUACACGACCACUGCCUCGUCAUCAGCGGGCACUACCAAUACUCCGUCGGGCAAGAACACAAUCAUGCCACCCCCUACCACUGCCUCGUCAUCAGCGGGAACUACCAGUACUCCAUCGGGCAAUAGCACAGUCAUUCCACCCCCUACCACUGCCUCGUCAUCAGCGGUAACUACCAGUGCUCCAUCUGGCAAUGGCACAAUCAUUCCGCCCCCUAAUACUGGUUCGUCCUCCCCGGGUACCAUACUGCCACCGCCAGUGACUAUCUUGCCUCCCCCGGGCACUCAGUCUCCCUCCGGAACCAUCAUACCGCCCCCAGACACAACCAGUCCCCCUAAUGGUACUGUCUUUCCGCCUCCUGGUACCGUCACUUCUACGCCGAGUGCGGGCAACAGUACUAUUAUCCCUAUCGUAAUAGGCGGCGGCGGUGGUGGUAGUGUUGUCGCUCCUCCUCCUCCCACAGACGGUGGUGGUCCUCCUCCCCCUCCCCCUGUCACUGUUGGUCCUCCCCCUCCUCCUGUCACUGGUGGUAGUAACCCGACAAGCAACAUCCCCCCUCCUGGCGGUAUACAGCCUACUGGCGGCGGUGGUGGUGGUGGUAGUCAUCCAACAAGCGAUACGCCUCCUCCCAACCAUACGGACCCCACUGGCGGCGGAAGCAAUGGUUCAAAUACGGUUCCGACACCGACAGGAACAGGCACCUUGACUCCGACUGGAACGGACACAGUGAUCCCAACCGCAACAGGCAGUGUUCCUUCUUCCAGUGUUACCUGCGAAUUGGACUCCCCUAGCGGCCCGUCGUCCACAUCCACGCCCACUUCGGCGGUGCCAACAUCGACGCCAUGUCCCGGACUGAUGUCAUUCGCGAGACAAAUGGUCUCAAUAAACGGCGACGACUAUUAUAUCCCCCUUUCAGGGGAUCCACAGCACUUGAUGCUCAAUGAUGACCUGGGCACUGAGGUGACCAUCUCUCCUAGCCGAGUCGAGAUUGGUGGUUCUGUCUUCUGUGUCCCAGCUACACCUCUUCCGACCCCUAGCAUUAUUCCUUCUCAGGACGGUCACAAUAUCUCUUUUCAUGCUCGACCGUUGCCAUCUCCAGCCCUGCAACCACCUUCUGGGGCUGGUCGGGAUUAUGCGGUCAAAGUCGCUAACGGAUACAUUGGGUUCUCGAACUCGAUGACAGACCCUGUUGGUAGUAUGUUCAUGGCAUUGUUCGACUUCUAUGCUCGUUAUGAUGCGCCGUCCGAUUCCGAAGCUACCAAGUUGCUCGGCUCCGAGGACCAAGCUUUCGACGAUUUAUUAGACGCAGCCAGAGUUGUUGCUGGUAAUUUCUCCUCGGCACCUCAGGAGGAUUGGGAAGGCUUCAUGAACCAAAUCUCGCUCCUCGACGCUCCCAAGAAGCAGCCCGACAAACAGCCUACAGCCCAGCAGUAUAUCGAUGAAGCCUUCUCAGGUCUUCAGGGUAUAAAUAAUUUCUGCCAGAGGGUGUCCUGGAGGACUGAGGGGUUGUUGAACAUCGCCAGAUUUCUCGCACGAGACAGCUGGGUAUCCCGCCCUCAGCUGAUUGCGCACCUGAAGAAUUCAAGACAGGACUACAUGGCGACGCAGCCCGGAGGAGAAGCUGAUCUACACAAUGGCGGCGGCGAAGUCGUCUCAGGCGCUGCUGGUUUCUACCUUGUCUUCCAAGUUCAGCUCCCCAAAAACAUCGACCUUUUUGGCGAUAGGGGUUGGUACAUCGGCAUGGAGCAAGAACUGCCUGACUGGUAUUUUACCUCGAUAACCAAUUUCCUGGACAAGUCUGCCGGUCCCGCAAUGGGAUCUGGGAGCUGGCCCAGCACCGGCCAAGCUUACACGCUGCGCAUGGACGUGGCACAAGCUUCUCCUCUUAUGCUGGCGUACAUGAACCAGAACGACUUGGUCGCGACGGUGACUCGGCACAUGAACCAGCAGGAGUCGGAGGACUACAUAGCGACCUAUUGGGCUAACGACAUCGAGAACGAAGAGACGGCUGGUGACCAGGGCGGUGCCUCGAUACCGCAAAAGUCAAACCGCAGCAACCUUGGGAAACGGGUUCCCACAGAAGAUCCGCUGCCACCGGCUUAUGAGCAUCAACGCCUGAUAUCUGCGGAGUCGACCAAGAACAGACCUAUAGUGGACCAGCCAUACAGGCGAGACGACUCUGGGGGUGAAGGUAUUACUGUAUUCUUCAUGGACUCGGGUUUUGACAUGCAUCCAGUCUACGAAACAGAGAUGGGAGUAUCGCAGUGGAUUUUUGAACCUGAUCGAUAUUCCUUCUACAACACGCCUGAGGAUAUGCUGCCUGAUGUGGCCGUCAGCGACCGUAUUGAAGACAGUCUUAAUGACAAUGCGCCCAAUGGUAAUGGUGUCAGGGCAGGACACGGGACCGCAGUCGCCCCUUUGGCUGUAGGCCGGACCUACGGACUCGCACCGAAAGCCGAUCCGUAUUUGAUCGAGCUCGUCGACGCUUACUAUGGCCCUGACCGGAAAGUCCGCCAAGCGGCAGGGCAGACCCCGGCGCUCAAGAAGUCGUUCGAGAAGAUCAUCGAGAUCAUCGUGAGCCGAAACCUGCAGGGCAAAGCCGUCGUGUCAUCGGCAUUCCUCAAGGCUCAGGAGUUCGCGCCGGACUGGCAGAACGUCAAGGACCUGUACGCCAGGAACAUCGCCAGACUGGAGGAGCUUGGCGUCCUCUGGGUUCAAGCCGCGGGCAACCACGGACUCUAUCCGAAUAACCCCACGAAGCCUUGGCGCGAUCUCUCGCAAUUCUUGCCCACCUCCCUCGCAAGUGACGACAACAACAUCCUCACCGUGGGCUCCACGGAUGGGCUCGGAAGGUACACCACAUGGACGUCUCCCGUCGGGAUUGGCUCUGGCCCGGCUUUCGGCCCCGGUAAAAUUAAUGUUUGGGCAAUGGGCGACGGCGUCAAGUUGAUGGGUCUGGCGGGAGCGCGCGACCGUGCGCAAUUCGGAACGAGUUUCGCGGCUCCGCAAGUGGCGGGAUUAGCUGCGUACUUCCUCGGCCUGGAGAAGGACAUGUUCAGGUGGAAUCCGAAUGGCGGCGCUGAUCAAGGAAAGACGCUCUGUCUGAGCCUGAAGCGACACAUCGAGGACUUCGCCUACCGUCGCAUUCCCAUGGACCGGCAACUCGCGCUGCCCGGUGGCGUCAGCCUGCCGUACCCGAUGCCCGACGACAUCAACGUCGCGUACAACGGCAUCUACGGGCAACAGGAUAGCUGCGGCGUCCCGGGCGUCCCGAGCAAGCGCGCCGAUCAGGGCAACCCCGACGACCCAGGCUACAUGUGUCCCGUCGCCGUGCCCGUCGGCGGUCAGGGUGGUGUCCCCGGCUCGACUUCGAUGCCGUCGACGUUUGUCACCUCGACCAUCGCGCCCACGUCGGGAACGGGAGGGGCGGAUGCCAUGUUCACUGCGACUACGACUGUUGCUUCUUGUAUCCCGAAAGCCGGCGCUACGGGCGGUCCCAAUGGGACGCAAGUUGCGCGCGGGAUUGAUUGUAUGUGA